GCACAUCUGGGACUAACGUUCCUAGGUAUUAUGCUGCGUUCAUGUCAUGUCAAACUCAGGACCUGUGACUUAAAAUGAACUAAAGUUAUUUGCGUAAAGCUUCCUAUUGGUUAAUUCUGGUACCAACCGAAGUGGGAAACUCAGGAUCCGAUUCUUCCGCCUAGGUUAGCAAGUGGAACAUUUCAGAGUUUCCAACAUGAGUGAACACGCAUUAGCCACCCUAGCAUGGUGGAUUAAAAUUGUGUUUCAUAAAGUACACAUACUUUCCCUGUUUUUUUCGAGGAAAAAAGGAAAUUGACACCCUUGCAGCGUGAAUGGAGAAUGUUUUAUGUACAAACCUGACCAUGGGGAAUACAAGUGUAUAGCUGGCUGCAUCGUCAUCUGCUGGCCUUGAGGCUGUACUCUGAGGAUGGUGAACACAUUGUCCUGGUUCACACAGAAGAUGACAGAUUCUGGGCUAUGGAUUCAUCCUGUCCCCAUGAAGGAGGCCCUCUUGACCUCGGUGACAUUGAGGACCUGGGAGAUGGGAAGAGGGUUCUGGUCUGUCCCUGGCAUCACUUUGACUUCUGCCUGGAGUCAGGUGCCUCUUCCAUGGGACUACAGAACCAGGUGUAUGAGGUCAGAGUUGUCCAAGACAUGAUUUAUAUCAACACACAGAAUGAGCUGUGUCUAAGUCCCAUCCCAGAGACAGACACAUCUAAUGGCAAGUUGUCAGUAGAUGAUGUUGAGCCAUCACCCUCUGAGGACACACUGUGCUUCUGGGCUACAAAGAUCCUCUGCACACCGGACCCCAAAGAGAAGGUAGCCAUGACGCUAGAGGUCCAGGAGAGGUGGAACAGUGGGGAGAUAACAGAAGUGGGUCAGGCUACACCACCUGUCCAGCCAAGCAGGAAGGAGAACCUGACCGUACUGCAGCCGGGCAAAAUCAAGCGUGGCAAAGGUGGCACACAGGUCAGUGUUAAGAACACCCUCUAAUCACUCAGACCAGAC